GAACAUCAACACACUGUCGUGCCGCUGGCCGUGCGUGAUGACGAGACCAAAAGGCCCUAGCGUGGUGUGUAACGUAACAUUCCAUUGAGAAGAAGAGGGAAAGAUGGCGUCCUCUAACAAUCCCCGCAAAUUUAGCGAGAAAAUCGCUUUGCAUAAUCAGAAACAGGCGGAGGAAACUGCUGCGUUUGAAGAAGUGAUGAAAGACCUAAACAUCACCAGAGCUGCGCGGUUGCAGUUACAGAAGACCCAGUAUUUGCAACUAGGGCAGAAUCGUGGACAGUACUAUGGAGGCUCACUGCCCAAUGUCAAUCAGAUUGGAAAUGGCAACAUUGACCUGCCUUUUCAGAACUCGGUACUGGAUACCAGCCGGACUACUAGGCACCACGGGUUGGUGGAGCGUGUUUACCGUGACCGGAACCGCAUCACGUCUCCUCACCGCCGGCCGCUGUCAGUCGACAAACAUGGACGCCAGAUUGACAGCUGUCCUUACAGCUCAGUUUACCUCUCCCCACCGCCAGACACUAGCUGGAGAAGGACAAAUUCGGACUCUGCCUUACACCAGAGCGCCAUGAAUCCGAAGCCCCAGGAGGUGUUUGCAGGGGGAUCACAGGAGCUGCAGCCUAAACGAGUACUGCUGCUAACAGUGCCUGGGACGGAGAAUUCAGAGUCAAAUGCAGACAAGGAUGCGCAGGAACAGUUGUGGGAUGGCGAGAAGGAUGAUUCAUCAAAGCCCAACACAUGUGAUGUCCCGGGAAUCAAUAUAUUCCCAUCACCAGACCAGGAGUUAAACCCGUCCAUGCUCCCAGCUGCACACAACACCGGUGGUUCGCUGCCUGACCUGACAAACAUCCAGUUCCCUCCUCCACUGUCCACCCCGCUGGACCCCGAGGACGCCGUGGCCUUCCCCUCCCUCAGCUCGUCCAACAGCACGGGCAGCCUGACCACCAACCUCACCCACCUGGGCAUCAGUGCUGCCAGCCAUGGGAUCCCCACCUCCUCUCAGCCCACCAUGACUGUGACGGCACAGCGCCGGCAACCACCCGUGGUGCCGCUCAGCCUCACCUCUGACCUCCAUCUCCAACAGUCCCCACAGCAGCUUUCCCCCACCCUCUCCUCACCCGUUAACAUCUCGCAGGUCGUGCCAACAGAGUCGUUGACCCUGGAGCAGCAGCUCUCUCAGUUCCCGCUGUUCAACCAGCUGACGGCCCAAGCCCAGGCUCAGCUGCUCAGUGAGCUCCAGAAGCAGCAGCAGGUCCUGCCGCAGGGCAUCCAGCUCAUCACCUUGCCAACUCUGGCCUCCCCUGGUACCACUGCAAGCAGCCCCUCCCCAGACAGCCAGAGCCAGACCACCGCCAGCAUCAGUAUCGGCUCGUACCGCAAUCAGACUGGCUCACCAGCCACUCAGUCACCAACCUCCCCAGGCUCCAAUCAAGGCUUCUCCCCCGGCGGCUCGCCUCAACACAUUCCCUUGGUGGGCAGUAUAUUUGGCGACUCCUUCUAUGAUCAGCAGUUGGCAUUAAGGCAGACCAAUGCCCUUUCUCACCAGCUGGAGCAGUUCAACAUGAUCGAGAACCCCAUCAGCUCCACCAGCCUUUUCAACCAGUGCUCCACCCUUAACUACACACAGGCAGCCAUGAUGGGCCUCACCGGGAGCAGCCUACAGGACUCGCAGCAACUCGGCUACAGUAGCCACGGCAACAUCCCCAACAUCAUCCUAACAGUCACAGGGGAGUCUCCGCCGAGCCUCUCCAAAGAGCUGACCAACUCUCUGGCGGGUGUUGGUGAUGUCAGCUUCGACGUAGACUCUCAGUUCCCUCUGGACGAGCUGAAGAUCGACCCGCUCACCCUGGACGGACUGCACAUGCUCAACGACCCCGACAUGGUGCUUGCCGACUCCGCCACCGAGGACACGUUCAGGAUGGACAGGCUGUAACGCCGAGAGGCUGACUGUGGCCGAGAACAAGAAGAAGAAAAAACCCACACUAACUUGUGAAUGGAGAGAAGCAAAGGGCCUGAUGAACCCUCUCCCUCGUUGCAUGGCCGUCCAGCUGUCCGACCUCGCCCUCGACUCCGUGAAGCCCUUUGAAACGAUGCGCCACCAAAAGACAACAGGGAAAAAGACAUCCAGUGGCUUGCCAGGGGAAUGGCCUCGCUGUCGUUUUGAAUGAGAUUCGUCGCUCGGCGCUUUCGCUAGCCUGCUGUGUUUACGGUGUACCAUUACAUGCCACAUAUAUUCCAAAAACGCACAUUUGACAAUUCUUUUCUUUAUUUUCAUAUCCACUUUAAUAUUUGUUUUGUUGAUAUUUGCUUGUAGCAGGAAGCUGCUAGGACAUUGGGCUAAACCGUACCCGUUAUAUUGGCUGUGUUUAAAAAAAGAAAAACAGCACAGCCCUGCAAUCAAAUGAAUCGGUUUUCCCAUCAUGCCGUAACGGCUUUCUAUUUCACACUCAAAGCUUUAUUUUUGACAACCAAAUGUUAUUUUCAUCAUGUACUGUAUGUUUUGAUGCUUUAUGUAUUUACAUGUUUUAUUUAUUUAGUUACAGAUUUUAUAUUCCAUUUAAUAAUUUAAAUUUGAUGCCAAAAUGCUCUCUGUAGGCAUAGUGUAAAAUUGCACUGAUGUAAUUUGUGUCUAUUUAUUAAUUACUAACAUAUUUAUGUGUUUGUUAAGCUACUUGGUUAAUGAAGGAGUGCAAAACCUCCCCAUAGUUGCUCUUAGGUGUUGGAUGUGCCAUUCUCUGAUGAAGGAUGUGGUAGACGUUGCCAUGCUGCAGCCCAACGUUCAAAUCUAAAUAUCAUAGUUUUUAGCACAGCUCCAGAAAAUGCUGCGGGCUCCAGAAAUGGGUUGGUUUUACGUCCCUUGAACUAACUUUUUCUGAGAGAAAUCUUCAGGUAUUUCUAUUUAACUAGAAAGCAAGAAAAACGCGUCCAAAUUAAUUUUCUGCCAGUAUAUAUAUCCGGACUGAACUUCUUUUCAGUGAAGGAAACCGUCUGUUUUUAAACACUAAAAUCUUAAAUCUUUUUAAGUCGUCACUGUGAAAUCACCUGAUUUUGCCUUACAUGAGUAUUCUACUGUUCUACUUAAGUGUCUAAUGUGACAACGUAUUUUCGUAACUUAUUGUAACAUUUUCUUGUAUUUGAGAGGAACUUAACUUUUGGUCCGUGAUAUUUGUGGUUAUGUUGUGUAAGGUUUGACAAAUCAAUGUACUGUAUUUUGUAUCGGUACAGUUUAUAGCCAAAUUGUUGAUGUUUUUUAAAGUAGGGCUAAAAACGAAAACAAAAAAAAAAAAAAAUAUCAAAGGAUGGGUUUAAAGUGUUUGAGAAGGAGUGCAAUUAUGGGGAGGCUUUUUGCUCUUUGACAGGGAAACUCUAACACAAACGCUACUUUGCCACAGUGGUCAUCAAAAACAAAAGUAUCAUGCGAAGUGUAUGAAUUUUAAUGGCCAAAUGGUUAUGUUGUCAUAUGAUGCAAAUUCAGUUAUUAUGAACAUGAGGAUGUUUUUUAUCGAAGAAUGUCUGUUUACUCCAUUUAGUAAACAGAUAAGGGGGUCUGUUUAAGAAAAGCGUGUAUAGGUCAUCGCUGUUGGGCAGAAACCUUGUAAUUCCAUAUUUUGUCUUUUUUUUUUUCAUAAAUGAAUGGUGUUGGUCACCCUUUACGUCUGUCGGUGGGCUUUAGAAAUCCUUAAACCGUGACGAGGCGAUUUUCAUUUUUCACUUUGUCUUAGGUAGGUAGGUAGGUACAUGGCUCAGUAAAAAAAAAAUUUAAAUUAGCCUUUUAUUCAUUUCCUAAAGAGCAAUGGUUUUGGAUAAACAAGGUUUUCGCCCGACAGCGACCAUAUUAAGUAUUGUAUGCAAGUUUCCGACCGCACUGAGAUUCGCCCCUCUCCGGUGUUUAAAACUCAAAACAAAACGGUCCCAUAAACAGUAGGAUGUAGUAGAGUCUAAAACUGUUUACGCCACCUUUACAACUGAAAAAUGUUUACACAAGUUUCAUCUGAUCAUGUACUGUACAUAUUAAUAUCAUCUCUGACUGCAUCCAAUCUCCUUUGCCAAAAUGUGUCAAACAAAUUGUGUCAAAGUUCAGUCUGCCUUGGCCUUUUGUCAGAGUUUCCCUGAGAGAGGUGUGUUUAGGUCUGUGGGAUCACGUUUGGUAUAUUGUAAUGUUCAUGUGCAGACGUACUAAUCAUUUACUCACCUAAAGCGCUGUUCCCCCCCAUCCCUCCUCCCUCCUCCCUCCCGAUAAGGAAUCACGUGUGGUUUAAUGCACACAGUUGUACAAUUUGUUUCAGUUGAAAUGUUUGUCUGCUGUAAUCCUCCAUCAAAGGUUUUGUUUGCCUUCAACAGAUCUGUGAUUUCUAUGCAAAUGAGAAACACACAAAAAAAAAAAGACAACCCUUAAAGGAAAAAUCCACUUCUGAUGUUUUAUUGUUUCAACACGUUCCAGAAGUUGAGCUGGAUUUAUUCUUCUGAAAUGUUGCGGUAAUGGAGGCAGAGAGGAACUACUGAGAUAAAGAAAUAACUGUUCAUUUUCAGCUCCGACUGUUUGCUCCUACACGUUACUGAUGUUGGUAGAGGUCGUUGAUAGUGAAGACAGCUUUGAGUAAUUUGAAGAAAAGCUUGUGAUUCUCCUUUUCAAUAACACCGGACACAUUGGUAGCGUAGCCUAGCAAGGCCCUUCACAGUAGGCUACACAUCUAAGUCCUCUCCGUCAUUAUUGCUCUGUGUUACAGAGCAGCUAAAGUCACAAAUUGUUUUUUGUUUUUUUAUUGUAAAAUUUUUUUAUUUUAACUUAUUUAUGGUCUUUCUGUCAGGGCUUUGCCGGCUCCUUACUUUUACUUAUUAUUGCUUCAACAAAAAAAGGAAUGCCCAUCUCAGUUGUCUCCUUUUUAGUCAGUGGACACAUUUGUAAUUUGAGAUGAAGCUAGUUAGAAAAUGGAAGAAAAAAUUUAAACUGUAUGAGUAUUUCAAGUGUUGCUAUGACAAUCAACGAGUGAAAUCGUAAACUGAACUAUACAUUUAUUUUUACGCCAGAGUAACAAGAAACAUAAAUCCAGCUGUACUUUGAACGCUCUUUUUUUUAAUUUUUUUUUUUUUUUUUUUUGUGAACUUCUACUUCUUCAGUUGGUAAUUUCCUACAUUUUUCCAGAUGUCACCUGAACACAUCUCUUACUGUGGGACUGUUGAACAAAACAGCUGCUGUAUAAAGAAACCCUUUCUCUUUAAUCCCACAGAAAUGGACGCCAAACCUGACUUUGUGUUGAUGUUUUAGAUCAAUGACCCAUUUCACUGUAGUUGCUGGAAAUAUCCACACACCUGUUAACCCAUAGGAGGAAGAAAAAUAAACCACUAAAAAAAUGGUUUGCAUGGAAAUGCACAACACUUUCCCAGAAACAGUUUUUAUUUGUUGGAUUUUUCCUUUAAGUCCCUGAAACAAAUGUAUAGAACUCAUUCUCUACAGAUUUACAUGUUUCCAAAUGUGGUUUUCCUAAAACAAAAUGUGUGUGAGCCCAAACUUCACUGUUGCAUUGCCAGUGAUUUGAGCUUUUUCCCCAUCACUUUAUUCCGUGUCAUCCUGCUGAAUACUAGUCAUUCACACUGACCUUGUACAUACGCUAUAGCUGAAACAAAAUGCAUGACUAAACUGACAGUCAAAACCUCUAAAUGAAGGCCUUCUAUAGCUCUGCAGGUUUGAUUUGUGUAACGUAACGCUAUCCCAAAGUCUAAAGGGAUGCAUGUAUGGGUUUCUCCUGUGCGACAGUUAACUCCUGUUAAGUGACUCUGUUACCUCCAUCUGUUUAUAAUGCUACUUCACGAAUGAUAAGAGAAUGUAUUUUCUGUGGCAGUGUCCUAGUUCUAGCCUGUUUGCCAAAUGUUGGGAGUUUAUUGGUCCCGUCACGGUCGGACUGGACUUGUUCUUCUUCUCUCUGCUCUUCACUUGCCCCCCCCCUCUCCUCCUCUGAGGAAUCUGUCUCUCUCCCUUUCUCUUCCUACUGUAGCAUCUCGCCGCGUACGAGUGUAAACAGCCGAUUCUCGUACAAAAAGAACCCGCAGUCGAUCUGGCCCCCUCCUCUCCGUCAACACAACCCUUUUGGCUUUCUUAAGAAAAUGGAAGCAGGUUCUGUCUCGCAGAUUGGCACAUGCACUGAUCGUUUGCGUAUGUGGACUUGAAUCUUCUGAAGCUUCUGCAUUACGCAGUCAACUGCAUGACGUGAUAGACACAUUGAGCUGAUUCUUAUCCCAUGGUAUGUAAAGGAGUUUGAUCUAGCUAUGCUGAGUUUGUUUAAAGAUAUGACUGUUUUAUGUUGUUGCCUAUCAUGUCAAGUUUUGGACUGUGUAAAGUGUAAUUCUGGUUUUUUCUAUUGUUUUUUUGUUUUUGUUUUUUUUGUGCUAUGUUUAGUCCACUAGUUGCUUUGCACUUUAUUUGUGACUUCCUGGCUUUUGAGCAGGGACUGUUCUGCCCAAUGUGAAUGCUGACCGUUUCACUCCAGAUGUUUACUCCGGAGAUAUUUUCCAUGUCAAAGAAAAGAUGAAUUCUCUAUUUUCCUUUGUAAACUAUAUUUUGGCUUGUCUUGUUUGUUUUUUUUUAUCUGUGAAGAUUUUAGGGGAUGCAAAACUAGAAAGGGCUUACUCCAGUGCAGCUUGCGCUCUCGUGUUGGAAAGGAACGGCACUCCGAAUGUAUUUCUUUGUUUUUUCAUUUUUUCCCCCCACGUGAAAAAUUGCAGUUUGAGCGAGUUCCGGUUCUUAAAGAGACAUUAGAUACUAGUUAGUCACAAAUACUCAAAUGAAGCCGUGUGCAUCGUGACUACACGUACGGUGCUGCAACACAGUCUCACUUUGUGAAAUGAACUGCAACUCUAAAAUGUAUAUUACAUGAUUUGGACAUGAGAAAUUUGACUCCAUCAAAAUGAAAAUAUGUCAAACAACUCUUCUCCAGUACAGCAUGCUUAAUCUAACAAACAUUUCCAGCUACAGAAAACACCUACAUGCAAAACAUUUGGCAGACGAAGCGUGUUGUACUGGAGAAGAGUUGUUAGAAACGUUCUGAUUUUGAUGGACUUGCACUGAAGCUUACACUCCUCUGGAUAUCUAGUGUGCGAACUCAAAGUUAAAGUGUGACAAAGGUAUUAGAUACCUUUUUAACUUGUCUAACAAGGUUAGCUAACAGCAACACUAUCACUGGUGAAGAUUUGAGUUCAGGUUAGGCAGCUAAUACACCUUUUGAUUCAUGUAAGGAAAUAAAAAAGGCAUGUAUUUGGGAAAAAAAAAGGUCAACUUUGCUCAGCAGAGUUAUUGUUGAGUUAUGUAACUUUCAUGGGAAACAUUUCCUUCUGUCUGAGUCUGAGGCUAAACACUGAAAUACGGAAAGCAAAACUUUUCAGGCUAACGAAAGUCCAUUUUCCAAACGGACGAGAUGAAGAAAUCGCCUUCAUGUAUAUUUUCUAAUAGUCUUGUAAAGUAUUUAGUUUUGACUCACCUGCUGGUUUUAGUCUGAGACACCACUGACUUGCAUUACUUGUUAGCACAGCUUUUGUUUGUGUUGUGUUAAAAAGCAGUGAAGCUAAAGUCGUGUCCCAAACCGAAGAAGCAGACGAGUGAAGCUCAAACAGGAGUCCUGUGUCUAAAAGCGGUCUUUAAUGCUUGUUCCCAGUGUUUUAGGUCUGAUUAAAAUGUCCCUUUAAUAACACGGGGUUUUCUAAACGACUCUACAACUGUCUCUGGAAAAACGCAGUUUAGUUUCCACUUAAAGCUUAUAGUGAGAAUAGCAUAAUAUCACUGUUGUCCUGUAAGUCGUAGUAAAAGAUCUGUAGUUAUUUAUUUGUUGCCAUGUGAUUCUUCUUAUGUGACCAUUUGUUUAUAAGAUGAAAGAAAAAAAUGUCAAUUAAAUUGAAUGUGGAAGACA